UUAACAAGUUGAAACUCACUCAUUGUACUUCAACGUCUAGCUCAAACAUACUACAUACAUAUGUAUACAAAUGUACAUAUGUUGUCUGCGGUAAUAAUGUGGUGAAUUCGUUAGAGUGAAAUAAAAGUGUAUCUUUCGGCAUUAAUUUACUCGCUAUCUUUUUUUGUGUACGAACCUACUUUUAAAACCAGUUCUUGGAGUAAACUACAAAUAAACAAGUGGAAAAAUUAUACAGAUAGUAUUGAAGUAGCUGCAAAGACUUUAGUGGCACGUAAGAUAAUUUAUAUAUCUGCAAAAAAAAAAAUUGAUCAGUAAUAUAUUUUAUAAAAAAGUGGUUAAUACAAUGAAAACAUCUGAUCGAAUUAAAUUCAAGUUAAAGAACAAUGCUGAAAAAAUUAAACCGACAAAAAAAGAUAAAGUAAACAAAUGGAUAACAUUUGGAACAAUUAUAAUUUUGACUAUUUGCACGCGUUACUACAAGGUGACAGAACCAGACCAUGUUUGCUGGGAUGAAACACAUUUUGGAAAGAUGGGUAGCUGGUAUAUUAAUAGAACAUUUUUCUUUGACGUCCAUCCACCAUUGGGAAAGUUAUUUUUUGCAUUUCUAUGCGCUCUACUCGUAUUGUGUGUAAAUUGUAGCAUUUUGAAGGAAUUAAAGGUGUGUUUAAAUGACUUAAGCAUCUCCCCGCAUGUAUACACCACUGUGCCUGGGAAAAACUGGCGCACCCUAGACAACACCAACACACUCAGCCAGCGAUCACCGCACGACGUCACCAUACACCAUCAACCUAACAAAAAGGAAAUGGACAAUCGCUUACGGACAAUUCGCACGUCAACAUUCGUCACAUACACUUCGCACCCCAUUUUUCGUUGUUUUUUCGACAACCAACCCGCGCGCUGCACUUAACUCUCGGCGUUCAACAAUUAAUUCGACUGGAAUGCUGCACAGCGUCUAAUUUUCAUUUGGAUACGUUUCAUUUAUUCGAUCGUAUCUGGGCCUGUAGCGAAUGCCUUUAAAUACUUAUCAAACAUUUUUUAUU